AUGACGUCUUUAUUAAAAAACGUCAUUUCAAACACCCAAAUAAACACCCAACUUGUCCGAUUACUUCACACAACUUCAGUAUGUUGCAAAGUACAGGCUGGACGUUACAGGAUAACACCGAAAAAAGAUUUUCCCUUAACAUAUGAAAUGGCAAACCCUCCCCACGAAAUAGCGCAUAGAAAAACCUGGAAUUCUUGGAAUACUUCUAAUUUGCAGGGUGGUCUACGGUCAUCAGAAACCGCAGUAGAGGACGUUUUUAUUAGAAAAUUCGUAUCAGGCACUUGGCAUAACCUAUUUGUGAGUGAGAUAAUAAUAAAACGACAACACAACAUUAUUAGAGUUGCUGGAAUUGUGCAUAGAGCUAUUAAUGCACGUAAAGUUUACUUUUUGAUUGGCUAUACUGAGGAGCUGUUAAGUUUUUGGUUGCAGUGUCCUGUUAAGUUAGAAUUACAGACAGUGGCCGAUAAAAAGGAUGUUAUUUUUAAGUAUAUUUAAGUUGUUUUUAUGUUGUAAAAUAAAUCUUUAGAUGUAAA